CAAGAAGGGAGAGAAAUGGCUUCCUCCAUGUUUUCAUCGACAGCCGUUGCCAAUAUCGGCCGUGCCACCCCGGCUCAGGCCAGCAUGGUGGCACCCUUCACUGGCCUCAAGUCGGCCUCCGCCUUCCCUGUAACCCGCAAGGCCAACAACGACAUCACCUCCCUCCCCCUCCCCAGCAACGGUGGCCGUGUUCAGUGCAUGCAGGUGUGGCCACCAACUGGCAAGAAGAAGUUCGAGACUCUGUCUUACCUUCCACCUCUCUCUCCAGAAUCACUGGCCAAGGAAGUUGACUACCUUCUGCGCAUGGGAUGGAUUCCUUGCUUGGAGUUCGAGUUGGAGCAUGGGUUCGUGUACCGUGAGAACAACAGAUCUCCUGGGUACUACGAUGGGCGCUACUGGACCAUGUGGAAGCUGCCCAUGUUUGGCUGCACUGACUCGUCUCAGGUGUUGGCAGAGCUGGAAGAGGCAAAGAAAGCCUACCCCAACGCCUUCAUCCGGAUCAUCGGUUUCGACAACAAGCGCCAAGUGCAGUGCAUCAGUUUCAUUGCCUACAAGCCUCCUGGCUACUAAAUGUAAUUUAAGAAUUCUCCUCAUUUUCGCUGCUGGAAGGUCUCUAUGUUGAUUUCUCGACUUCACUACAUAUAAAUAUAUAAUAUUGAGGGACAGUAGGCGAAAUGUA